AUGCCCUUAGAGCCAGAUCGCGAGUCCAUGAGACAGACGUCUGGCCAUCAUCCUGCCACAAACCGUUCAAGCUCACCUCAGACCGAGUAUCAUCACCACCCAGCUGGUCCUCCUCCGUUACAACAACCUCCAAUUGCCCAUGUCUCUCCUACUCUACGAUCCCCCACGACUCCUCGUCAGAAGGACCCUCUCCGACUACAAACCUCCAUAUCCAGCGCAGAGUCGGGAUCCACCCUGGGGGUGGAAUACAAGCCAUACCUACCAUACAAACAAUAUCAGUAUGGCCCGAUAGCGGAGAGCGGCGUGGUCGGUGAGACCAUCGAGAGACACUCGUCCUCGGCCUCACAACACUCUGCUAAGAAAGGCAAUCUGGAGGAACCGCCAAUAAUAGAAGACAACUCGGCCGUAUUCCGAUACAUCCAAGAAAAGUCCGUUGCAGAAGACGUUGCGACAGAGAGUGACCAUGCCCUGUGGAUUCUGAUGUGGAUGUCGUUUCUCGACCCAUUUCAUUGUUUGUUUAGCGCGAUAUUCUCAAUAUUUGCCGUCCUCAUCAUCAUGCUCUUUGCACCACUCAGGCUCUGUCGCAAAGAAUGCUCGCCCAGUAUAUCCCUCGUCCGAAUGGUUGGGCCGGUCUUUCGCAAUCAUCUCCAAAUGAUCUUUGCUCAGUCUCUCGACAAUGCUCAUACCUUUGAGUUCAGUCCGGUCUGCCUGGUCCUUGUCCACAUUGUGUCUCCUUUGAUCAGUGUUGGAAACGCCAUUGCGGCCUGGAUCGUGGCCGUGUUCUGGGUCUUCGCCAUCAUCAUGGGCAACCCGGAUGGAACCGAAAGACGAGAUGACGGGCGCGCCUCGGUGCUUCUUUUGAGGGAUUGGUGGGAGAGGUGUCUCCUGUUCGCUAUACGGAAAUAA